CCUAGACCGAUCGCCAGAUCCACGUCGCCAUUGAUUCAGUCUCUGCUCCGUCGUCCAGGAAAGCUGCGUGAUUUAGAUCGGAUGCGGAGAAGAGGAGGCGAGUGCGGAUCGGCGGCGGCAGCAAUGCCGGCGGGAUGGCUGGGGAGGUUGAUGGAGGAGAGCUUCUUCGUGGGAUGCGGCGCCCAUGGAAGCCGCAGGAAGAACGAGAAGAACAUCUUCUGCCUCGAUUGUCGCACCACCAUCUGCCCCCACUGCGCCCCUUCCCACCCUUCGCACUCGCUCCUCCAGGUGAGCCGAUAUGUGUACAACGACGUCGUUCGGCUGGAGGAUCUGGAGAGGCUCAUAGAUUGCUCCUACGUUCAGCCUUACACUAUCAACAGUGCCAAAGUAAUUUUUCUCAAGCCAAGGCCGCAAUCGAGGCCUUCCAAGGGCUGUGGAAACCUCUGCUUAAUGUGCGACAGAAUCCUCCAAGAACCCUUCCACUUCUUCUCCCUCUCGUGCAAGGUGGACCGUGUGAUGCUAAAAGGGGAGGAGUCGUCCAGGAUGUUGUUCAGGUUGAACGAGUUGGAUUUCGCCUCCAAUCGCUUGGAGAACCUUCGCGUGGGCGGAGCAGAACUCGCCGAGGACGACGAUGGCCCGAGCACCGGCGAGCACAGGGGCGGCUUCUUCCCGCAAAUAGUCCAGCUCGCGCCGUUGAGCAGCAGGCGGAAGGGAGCUCCUCGGAGGUCUCCUCUCAGCUGAUGUGCUGCAGUAAUUUCGGUACGUACCUACUGGCCAGUACUGAAGAAAUUGUGAUUCUAACAAAUCGAGCCUGUCGAGCCGGCUUGAUUCAUUUUGAAAUUAUUAAA